GCAGUUUUAUUUGUGACUGUGAUCUUGUGCUGUCUGAGAUGUGUCCUUGACUCGGCAGGAAUCCUGAUCAAGAUAAGCUGCCGUGGUGUUACACGAUGACGGGGCGAGCCGUUUCGUGGGAGUACUGCGCCAUCGAGCCCUGCUCCAAACCAGCGCUGGGCCGCAGAAGUCCCGUCCUCGCCGUGGCCCCGGGGCCGUCCCGCAGACCCGUCAGGACCCCGGCGUGUGGGAAGCGGCAGGAGAAGCGGAUCAGUCGGGGUCGAAUCCUGGGCGGGACGUCUGCAUUGCCCGGCGCUCACCCCUGGAUGGCAGCGCUGUACAUCGCAGACGAGUUUUGUGCAGGAACGCUGGUCUCCUCCUGCUGGAUCGUGUCGGCCGCUCACUGCUUCCUGCGCAAUCCACUAAAGUCACAGAUUCGGGUCGUUCUCGGCCAGCACUCCUUCAACGACACCGGUCCCAACACCAGGACCUUUGCUGUUCAGGACUAUAUUCUGUACCCGCGUUACACACAGUUUGAGCCGACCUUAAACGAUAUCGCUCUAGUGAAGCUGAAGAAGGUGGAGGGACGCUGCGCUCUGAAGACGCCCUUCAUCAGGCCCAUCUGUCUGCCGGGGAAAGACCUGACAUUCCCCGAUCACUCCUGCUGUAAGAUCUCAGGCUGGGGUCACAUGCACGAGAAGGCGAACUCGUACUCUCACCUGAUGGAGGGAGUGGUGAAGAUCAUCCCGUUCGAUCAGUGCUCGUCUCCAGACGUCUACGGGUCAGAGGUCAGGUCAGGGAUGCUGUGUGCGGGCAGCGAGUCCUGUGUGGACGCCUGUCAGGGCGACUCGGGCGGUCCGUUAGCGUGCGACUGCGACGGCGUGAGUUUCCUCUAUGGGAUCAUCAGCUGGGGAGACGGAUGCGGACGCUCGGGAAAACCCGGCGUUUACACCCUCGUGCCCAAAUAUUCAGACUGGAUCAACAGCGUCAUCAAAAAAUCCAGAAAAACAUCAGUGAACAGAACAACCAUAGACAUUUGCAUCGGGAGCCAGUGCCAAAGAUAAACCAUAAAACACAACUGUGACUUUAUUACUAAUGCAUUCAUGAGGGCUCUCCAUUCCAGUGUUCAUGCAAUACCAAUGAGCGUGUUUUAUUGCUAUUGUGUUUAUGUUAACAAGCAGUAGGGUGACAUGCACACUGGAAUGGAAAGCGUUAUGUAAAGUUUGAUGUAUUAUUAUUAUUAUUAUUAUAUAUUUUUUGCAUAUAGAUACAUUUUGAGUAGAAGAUUGCUGUGAAAUAAAUGUCUUUUAAUCUGCAAAAAAUAUUUAAAAAAGAGAGGUUUUGACAGUGUUUGAGUGAAUGGAAAGAUGUAGUUUCAAUGCAACAGCUUGCUGUUAAAUCACAGCUUUUAGUUAUUUAUUAUAUAUUAUAAGCAUAAACUAAGUGCGUUGAAGCAUCUUCUCCACUGACUUCCAUUCAAACAGGUCUCUAUGCUGAAUUGCUAUUAAUCUGACAGAGUGGCCAAAUAAUAGAUCAUCUAUGUAUUAAUGUGUAUCAUAUUUCAACACAAAAUUUACAGAAAUUAUAUGUUGCAUAUUAAGUCUAUUUUUCAUACCGUGUUAUAUGCAUUGUGAUGUUUCCAUAACA